AUGGAGCAUGCAAGGCAAAGCAGCGGAAUAUACGAUGGCACUAUUCCAGCUCAUCCUAGCUCAACAUCGCUCACCGCCCUUGCAGGCAGCGGCUCUGCUCCUGCAGGUUCGCGUUUCUCUGAGCCUCAAGACGAUGGUGUAACAAGGGCAACCCCUGCUGGCAUACAGCCCACUUCGAGUCCUGCUGCUGCUGCUGAUCCCUUCGCAGACCCAAACCCUUCUCAGGCUGCGGUCGACAACCAGGAACAACCUUCUCAGGCUGCCUCACAGCAACCCUUCUACAGGAGAAAAUGGUUCAUAUGGUGUCAGAUUAUCUGUAUUCCACUCGGUAUCGCGUUGCUUUUCAUCCUCUUGUUCCCUGUCGUCAAAGCUAUCGUUCAACUCGUCGUCAACAAAAGCCAUCUCGGCGUGGAUGUAGCUCGCAUCAGCUCACCACAGAACGGCAGCUUUCAGCUCGCGUUACAGGGCAAGGUGACCAACACGGGUGCUAUUCCCGCCACAAUCAACUUCAAAGAACCUAUCCACGUAGCAUGGGUGCAGAAUGGAAAAAACGAUGUCCCCAUCGGCACAAUGACUUUGGACGGACUUCAUGCCAAAAAGUCUGGCGCUGACAUCAACCAGAACACGACCUUCACCAUUACCGAUCAAGAUGCAUUCGGGUCCUUUGCUGCUCAAAUGAUCACCGCCGAAGAAUUCUCUUGGAGACUCACCAGCAGCAAUUUGCGCGUUCAAGCUGCCAAGUUCCCGGUCUCCAAUGGUAUCAAGUUCGAUAAAGUCAUUACACUCAAAGGUUUUAAUAGCUUCAAUAAUGCUGUCAACCUCACGGACUUGCAGUUACCGAGUGACAGUCCUGAUGGUAUCGACUUCGUCGCUGUAACCACCCUCAGCAAUCCUAGUCCGUUCUCGUUGAAUCUGGGUACCGUGGUAUUUGACUUGAUGUAUGAGGGUCUUCUUCUCGGAACGGGAACAGGUACCAAUACGGUGAUCAAUCCUGGCCCGAAUAACGUUGUUACCCUCAAGGGUGCUAUCAAUAAGCAAACUGGCGCAACUGAGCUCGCCAAGUUGGGCAAAUUGUUCUCCAACUAUCUCAACGGCGAUGAAUCUCCCGUCAUCGCAGUCGGCAAGUCGACGUUGCAACCCGAUGGUACCGAGAUUUCCUGGUUGAGCAAAGGACUUCAAUCACUCCAGUUGCAAGUUCCUUUCAAAUCUCAACAGCCUAUUAAUCCCAUCAAGGCAAUCAACAUCGGCGACCUUGCCCUCGCGUUCAACAAAGAUACUCCUUGGUCUCCGACCACCUCAAGUAACUCUGUGACAGCUUCACUUGAAUUGCCCUUUGGGUUUGGUCUCUCCAUUGGGGAAAUCAUGAACGAGUUCAACAUUACCAAAGACGGCCAGGUGGUUGCCGGUCUUUCCACCCCUCUGGGUGCCUCAAAAUCUGCGAUUUCCGUCCAAGGGUCCACGCUGACGACCGGCUCUAUCAACAUCACCAUCGACAACACCCCGCUUAAUUGUCCCGAUCAGAGUCAUCCGACCUUCUCCACCUUUAAUGCCAACUUGACGAGCAGCGAUGAAGCUGAUUUUAAUCUUGUCGGCAAAUCCCGAGCUAUUGCGAACCUUAGCAUUGGCCAGAUUGAGCUUAACCCGAUCAAAUUCAAUGUCCCGUCGGGAUUGAAUGGGUUGAAGGGACUCAAGGGACUUACCACCAUUCAAUCGGUGGAUGUGCAGGGUGGGACUUCUGAAGGGAUCACCCUGGGAAUUCAAGUGAACAUCGUUAAUCCUGCGAAUCUGAAGCUUUCGACUGGCGAUCUCAAUCUCCAAUUGUUCCGCGAUGGUGCAUUAUUGGGAACGGCUUUGCUACCCAACCUUACACUUGAGAUGGGAAACAAUUCGUUGGCGGCCAAAUCGACAUUUGCUGCCAAUAACAACCAGCAAGGUCUGCAAACUCUGACAGACUUCGUGAGCGGGAAGGAUGUCCAGCUCUCUAUUGCCGGUUACGAUGGUAGCACACAAGUGGUAUCACUCCUCCAAGCCUUCAAGACUCUGGCGAUCGACGUUGCCCUUCCUGGCUUAAACUCGACUUUACUCAACUCUGCUGCAUUGAAAGUCUUACCGACGACGGGUCGUCAAAACAACAUCAGUCAUGUCACCGUCGAGCUCAACAAUCCUUUCAGCGCCGGACUCAAGAUUACCAAUAUCAAAUCAAGUGUGUCGGCCUUUGGGAUCUCACUUGGAUCGAUCGACACCAAGACGGAUUUUACCUCUCAACCACGUUCAAAGACGAAUUCGCCAGAGUUGGAUUUGAAUAUGAACUUUGAUCCGGCUUCGUUGUUCACCGUUACCCGUGCGCUUGCUGUUGAGGCUGGGAUGGAUACGAGGCAGUUGGAUGGAAUUGUGAGCCUUGGAGGGUAUACGUAUUUGAAAACGACCGGUCCGACCCCUGAGAAGAGUCGGAGGGCGAAUAUCUAUACUGGGUUCGAGUUGCCUUCGUUCAUUCAAGCGGCUUUCAAACAGCUCAAGUCGGAUGUGGAUCUCACUGCCGGUGUUACCAUAGGUGACUACGCGACUACUUUGACGUACUCGCAAGCAGGUGUUGCGACUGCUACAGAUGAGAGUCUGAAUCUUAUUCUUCCGGUUUUGGCGCAACCUAUUGUGCAGAAGAUCGUUGACGGUUCCGCGCUUGGUAUCGAUACUGUGCUUAUCAGGAAUCCCCAGCAACAGUCGUUCGGUACUCAGCUCAAGGGUAGUAUAACGGGUACUGGUCCAUUCGAUGCCACUAUUCGGUUCCCUACGGGCUUGACAGUGAAUUGGCAAGGAAAGCCUAUCGGGAACAUCAAGAUGAACGACGUACAGGUCGCCGGGGAUGUGGGUGCUCAGCUGGACAUGGAAUCGGAGUUCCAGAUCGUCGAUGUGGACCACAUUACCGCAUUUACAAAGGUCUUGUUGACGGAGGAAUCUUUCGAUUGGGAGAUUUCUGGAGAUAAUCUGACAGUUAGUGCACUAGGUAUCGAUGUCUCUGGUAUCGCUCUGUCUCCCAAGAAGGUCACUCUCAAGGGUUUCAACGGCCUCAAAGGCGGUGUGAAAGUUCAAUCGUUCGACCUACCGGCCAACGAUCCUGCCGGCGGCAUUCAGCUCACACUUGAUGCUGCUACAACUAAUCCCUCGCAAGUCGGUAUCGAGUUGUCAUCGAUUGGUUUCGACACUUAUGCAGGGCAAGUUCUCAUUGCGCCUGUUCAAAGCAACGGAACGGUGUCUUUGGCUCCGCAAUCGACUACGGUUCUUUCUCUUGCUGGUCGUCUCAUACCUCAGACUAGUUCCGAGGGUCUAUCAACAGUGUCAACUAUAUUCAACAAAUUCAUUCGCGGUGAAGACAGUGAGGUUGUCGUUCAUGGUGCGAGUGCAGGAUCGAGUGAUGUUACCUGGUUGAACGAGGGUAUCAAGUCACUCCAGGUCGCCACGGUUCUGCCCAACCGAGGCGUCCUAAACAUCAUCAAGAACAUCAAUCUCAAUGAAUUAUCUCUUAUGCUCACGCCCGAGACAGCUUACAACCCCUCGACCAGCAGCGACAAUUCCGAUGCGGCGUUUACGCUGCCGUUCGGAUUCCCUAUCGACAUCACUGCGUUGGAGCAGACGAUCGAUGUUUCCUACCAAGGUACUCAGUUUGCGCAGCUCGCGAUUCCCAAAGGUCCUAGUACUACGGAUGUACAAAAUAGGAUUAUCCAUCUCACUUUCAACGACGUAUCCUUCGCCGUCUCUGGGAGUGGUCAUGGAACAUUUGAUAGCUUCCUCGCUGACACAACGAUGGGACAAGGCGAAACGAUUGGACUUGCUGGUUCAGCUAAUGCUGAUGCGAGCACUGCUGUUGGGGUGUUGUCUCUUUCGGGUAUACCGUUCUCUGUGGAAUCGACGAUCGCUGGACUGCAAGGGUUAAAUGCAAAGCCUGUUACUGUCAGUAAUUUGGAUGUUGCGCAUGGGUUCUCUGAUUUUUUGUUGAUAACUGUGGAUGGUCAUUUGUUCAAUCCAAGCAACCUCACUGUGGGAACUGGCGAUGUUUCGUUUUCUUUGGAGUUUAGCAACCAAAUUAUUGGGACCUCGGAUCUAAAAAACCUCGUUAUUAAACCAGGCGAUCAAACAUACCCUAUCGAUGUCCAUUUCGCUCCCCAAGGCGAUGCGGUGGAAGCCGGGAAAACACUUUUGCAAAACUUCAUCCAAGGAGUGGACGUUCAGACUAGUAUAUCUGGAAGCCGUGAUUCUACUGCCGUCGAAUCGCUCAAGACAGCUCUUUCCCGCAUUCGGCUAUCUCCAGUCGUCAUCCCCGCUCUGAAUCAAUCCUUGAUCGAGAGCGCGACUAUAGUGUUCCCAACCGACAUUGUUUCCACUGGAAUUGCUCAAACUUCUUUCACACUGGCGAAUCCCUUCUCCGCCAGCAUCAAUUUACUGAAAAUCAAAGCUGAUGCUGUCUAUCAUGAUCUCAGACUGGGAACGAUUGAUACCGACGUCUCCUCGAACCCCAUUCAUGCGUCUGGCCAUAGUACCAUCACUUCACCUACUCUUCCCCUCCAAUACGACUUGAAUCCUGCUACGAUCGUGAAAUUCCUUCAGAUGGCUUCACAAGCGAACGGUGUCGACAUCGGCCCAUUAACGGAGCUCUUCCAGUUCAUUCUGGAUAACCCAGAUUUCCACCCUCCUGUUAAUUCCUCGGUGGACACGGGGUCUCCCACAUGUUCCAGUGGUCAACAGUUUGAUGUCAGAAGUGCAAUCUUGAACUCGUUGAAGAAUCUUGAGGUCGAUUUACAAGUCGAUUCUUCCGUGAAACUGGACGAUUUUGCAACGGAUUUGGCCUUUGCGCAGCACAAAGUCAAGGCUCUGACGGACGAAACCGCUUUAUUCCUCAUUGGCGCAGUUGCUGGCCCAGUUGCACAACAUCUGGUGGAUGGUGCUCAACUUUCGUUCUCGGAAGCGAGGAUCACCAAUAUUUCAAAUGACGGUUUUGAUCUGUCUCUCAAAGGAAGUCUCACCGGCACCGGUCCGUUGGAUGCCCAGAUAACGUUUACUGAACCCUUGAUUGUCAACUGGCAAGGCAGCGACAUUGCAACUAUAACGCUUCCUCCAGUGUGUGCUGCCGCCAACAGCGGUGUUCCGAAGUAUGAAACCACUGGUCAUCUUACGAUUACCGACCAAGCACGGUUCACCGAUUUUGCAACCUUCUUGCUGCACAAUCCCUCCUUCGAUUGGACUAUCUCGACACCCAAGCUCCGCGUCUCAGCCUUGGGCACGAUCUUUGAUAACGUUUCUCUACAGAAGACUGUCUCAUUCAAGGCGUUCAACAAUCUUCCCGGAGUAACUAUUAGUAACUUCCAGCUCCCUUCAGAUGAUCCCGCCGGGGGCAUUCACGUCGAGACGGACUCUUUAAUACCUUCGCCUGCUCAGUUGGGUAUCGACCUUGGAACGGUCUCCUUCGCGGCUUCGUUCGAGGGAACGCUCAUCGGACCGCUUUCGGCAUCAAGUUUAGUUCUGGAACCCAAUUCCGAGACCAAGACACAUCUCUCAGGUCGCAUUGUUCCUCAAAGUGGCUCUGACCUGGAUACCAUUGGGAAACUGUUCUCUGAGUUCCUGGCAGGGCAGAACCUGACACUUAGUGUGAAAGGGGAUUCUGUCCAGCCUUCGGGUUCCAGCGAGCCAGUUGCGUGGCUCAGCACUGCUUUUAAGACCUUGGAGUUGCAAGUGGCUUUGCCUGGUCAGAAAUUCGAUAUCAUUCAAAGUAUCGAUCUUUUCGACCUCGAUGUGACCUUGACCAGUGGAGACCAGGCGUUUGCACCUCUCACGAGCGCUAACAACACACUUGCUCGGUACAAGAAUCCCUUCGGUUUCUCGCUCCAAGUUAUCGAAGCCGCCCAAACUAUCUUCCUCAGUAGUGGCGGUACCGAUGCCGCUAAGCUCAUCCUUCCGAAAGAACCGGCUGAUGGUGGUGUCUCUACUGGAAAUGUCGCGGAUCUCCACAUAUCCUGGAAAGACCAGCCGCUGCAAUCAGUCAAUAACGGCGCUUUCGAUCAGCUCUUUGCAGCUGUCACACUGAAGGACUCGGUGAGCCUGAGACUCAGAGGGACAGCUGACGUUACUGCGAAAACGGCUAUUGGCAAUGUGCCGAUUUCCGGUAUACCCUUCGACGUUCCAUCCAGCCUCAAAGGUAUCAACAACUUUGGGGGCAAAGCUGAACUCCGUGACGUCAAAGUUGCCGGUAGCGGUGGGAACGGUGGAAAUGAGUUCAUUGUUUCCCCGCUCACCACAGUCCUCGAGAAUCCUUCCAAUGUCUCUCUGCACACCAUUGACACAGCUCUCCCUGUCAUCUAUAAAGGCACAAAACUUGGUCGGGCAGUCAUCGAUCCCUUCAACCUUCAAUCGGGCGAGAACGUCAUAAAAGCGGAGUUCCACUAUCAGCCUGAUGAUAGGAAUAAUACUGUGGCACAGAGUUUCUUGUCCGACUUCCUCACAUCGACAGACGCACUGGAUUUGUCCAUUGAAGGCGAUGCUGACAGUACUCCGAUAGAAUCACUAAAACAAGCCCUUUCCGGCGUCAAGCUGAGCUCACAACUAAAUGGUAUGGGCCAAAAGUUGCUUCAACAAGUUCACGUGAUCAUCACGCUGGAUUCUUUGGUCACCAACCUGGUUACCGUCGAUUUCGACAUUACGAAUCCCCUGGAUGCUGACCUUGAGAUCAAGUUCUUGCAAUCUGAUGGUGAACUCAACGGGACGAUUUACGCACAUUUCGAGCACGCCUUUGAUAGUUUCGUGGUACCUGCCCGCUCAACGAUUAAUUCCGGAAGGAUCGAAAACGUGUUGCUUGUGCAAGGAGCAGUUGCAUCUUUGGACAUCAUCCCUCUCGGAAUUUUAGAUAUCCAUGGGGCCGCGACGGUGCGGCUUGGAGUAAACGGAUACGAAGUGCCGUGGCUACAUCUCGACCAGCUCGCCGUUCCGGCCAAGUAUGAUUUAGAACUUGGGCUGUUGAGUCUUCCACUAGCGAAGGAGUCUCUGCUGGCGGCUUCAAAAUCGGCAACAGCCACCACCGCGUCGUCCACGUCGCGUUCUGAUGGGGCUUCAUCCACAAGCAAGGUCUCUCCAAGUGCUGGUGGCACGACCACAACAAAGAGCGUAAAUACGGAGGCAAAGACGACAGCAGCAGCGGAAGCAACCACAGCGUCUUCGCAGACUCAAGUCAAGGAGACAGAACGGGUUGAAGCGACGACCACCUCGACUUCGGAAGCAGCCGCGUCUACAUCUUCCUCAUCAUGA